AUGCCUUCCCGCUGCGUCCACUUCACUCCACCUGUGAAUGAAACUCGGCCUGAUCCUGUUGCAACAACAGGCGAGUCCCAUUCACUUCAGAUGCAAGAAGCUCAUCGAGAAUGGUGGGGUAAUUUUGUUCCCGUAGCCGAUUGGGUGCCACCAAAAAUGAACAAAUCCAAAUUUGACGGAAUGAAAAUACAAAACGAACCAGGAGACCCUGAAUGCCCAUACGAUAGGGCAUUUUCCGGUGCAAAUGAUACCGUCAGCAAACUCACAGCCAUGUUUCAAAAUGAAUGGGUCAGCAAUAGACGAGCUGCCACUCCUGCUGACGCUGACGUCAAUAUGGAUGUGAGCUAUGACCUUGGGUGGGAUACUGCACCCGAAGCAGGCAUUGAUUCAGGUGAGACCGCUGGACAGUCCGUUGGAGUUGACCCUGAGGCCAGUUAUGACCUUGGGUGGGAUUCUGCACCCGAUGCAGGUGACUUACAUCCUGGUGAGAUGCCCGGAGAGUCUGUAGAAGUCGACCUUGAGGCCACUUAUGACCUUGGGUGGGAUGGAGCACCCGCUUUGCAUUCUGAUUUACCACCCAAGAUCAUGGAACCAUUGAUAGACUCUAUCGACAUCGACGAUGAAUAUGAUCUUGGGUGGGGUGAUGCUGUUGAUGAUGGCCAUCAAAGCUGCAACUUGCCUUCAGCUAUAGACAUCGAUGAGGCUUAUGACCUCGGGUGGAACAACUCUGCUUCCAUGGACUCCGACCUCUGUGCAGGCGAUGAGGAUGCAAAUGCAUCUGCGGCAUCCAUAACUUCCGUUUCAUGGCCGGAAACAUCUAAUUCUACACCCAAUGCCAUUCUGCAUGCGGAAGCAGCUAUGAUGCAGGCUAUCCGGAGGUUGAAUGCUUUGGGUCAUACAGAUGAUGAUCAACAAAUGCACGUCAUAAUGCAGACGGCCGUUCAAGGUCUUGCACCAUCCCACAGUCCCUCGAGAGUGAGGAGAGCCAAUUCCCAGUUGUUCGGGGCAUACAGCGAGGCGAGAAAUCGGGUGACCGAGUUGGGAGAGGAUAUUCUCUCGAUCACCUGGUUAAUACAUAUGUACAAUGCUAUAAUGGAUCCGCUGGACAUUUUAGUGAAGGACCUUGAAAGAGUAGACAGGGAGCAGUAA